UCCGGGCCCGGGCGGCGGCGGCGGCAUGGCGGAGAGCGAGGCGGAGACCCCCAGCACCCCGGGCGAGUUCGAGAGCAAGUACUUCGAGUUCCAUGGCGUGCGCCUGCCGCCCUUCUGCCGCGGGAAGAUGGAGGAGAUCGCCAACUUCCCGGUGCGGCCCAGCGACGUGUGGAUCGUCACCUACCCCAAGUCCGGCACGAGCUUGCUGCAGGAGGUGGUCUACCUGGUGAGCCAGGGCGCCGACCCCGACGAGAUCGGCUUGAUGAACAUCGACGAGCAGCUCCCGGUCCUGGAGUACCCGCAGCCGGGCCUGGACAUCAUCAAGGAGCUGACGUCUCCCCGCCUCAUCAAAAGCCACCUCCCCUACCGCUUCCUGCCCUCUGACCUCCACAACGGCGAUUCCAAGGUCAUAUACAUGGCUCGGAACCCCAAGGACCUGGUGGUAUCCUAUUACCAGUUCCACCGCUCGCUGCGCACCAUGAGCUACCGGGGCACUUUCCAGGAGUUCUGCCGGAGGUUCAUGAACGACAAGUUGGGCUACGGCUCCUGGUUCGAGCACGUGCAGGAGUUCUGGGAGCACCGCACGGACUCGAACGUGCUGUUCCUCAAGUACGAAGACAUGCACCGGGACCUGGUAACGAUGGUGGAGCAGCUGGCCAGAUUCCUGGGGGUGUCCUGUGACAAGGCCCAGCUGGAGUCCCUGACCGAGCACUGCCACCAGCUGGUGGACCAGUGCUGCAACGCCGAGGCCCUGCCCGUGGGCCGGGGGAGAGUCGGGCUGUGGAAGGACAUCUUCACCGUGUCCAUGAACGAGAAGUUCGAUCUGGUGUACAAACAGAAGAUGGGGAAGUGCGACCUCACGUUUGACUUCUAUUUAUAAUAGCAGCAACGGCGACCCUGCAUGCUCCCAGUCCCCAGACGCCACUAGCUGCGAGUCCCGUAGGCGCGCAUUCGUCCCUCACUGGACAGGCCCCGGAAGCCAUGUGGACACGCGGGGCGGGGGCGGAGAGGUGGGGGUGGGCUUGCUGCCGGCUUGGAGCAGCUGUUUGCCGUGGGAGCCUGAAGUCUGUACGUGUCUGAUUGCAAACAUUGUCAAGAUUGCUGUUCCGAUGGCCGGUGCCAUAAGUAUAAAGUCUGUAACAUAUGCAACUAGAACGUCUGCCUUUUACAGCCCCACAUUAUUUAUUGUAUUUUAUAGAGCUUUUCACUGGAAAUCUAAAUAAAUGUCAGUAUAAACCAAAUAAAAGUUCAUUUCCACGGGGACUCAGGAGCAAGCCACUCCCCAACGGUAGAGAGAUCUCAGGGUGGACUCUUUGUUUUUGCAGUUUUCUUCUGUGAGGCAUGGCCCCGUGUGGU